AUGGGAGAGGACCUUGAAUUUGAAUUUAACCCUGGUGAUGUUGAAAUACCAUUGCUUGUUAAUUCUGAACUUUUUCAACCCUUAAUUCAGCAGGAAGGUAGUAUCACUCAUUUACCGUACGACACAUUAAGAAUGAUUGCAAGUAAUUUAGAUUAUGAUUCAUUUGUAAAUUUUACAUCAACAUGUAAGACAUUAAAUUCACUUGAAGAAGAUGAAGUUGUAGUUCGUUCAGUUUGUGGUGUUGGUGAUACAAAUACCUCUAUUGAAGAUUGUAUUAAAUCAGUUAAAAAUAAAAAAAUUGCUGAGAAGACAGAACGUGAACGGUUGUUGCAACAGAAAAAAGAAAGAACAGAAGAGUUUGUUUUUGAAACUAAGUUGUGUCAUAGACGAUGUUCUUCUAAUAUUCUUGUUGAAGGUAUUGCGUUAGCCUUUAUUUUUAUUUCUAUGAUUAUUGGUCCAUUGUCUGCAGAUAGAUCAAUUGAUGUUUCAAUGAAAGUUGUUGGAUGGUUAAUGUUGGUCCCAACUAUCUCCUAUGGUAUUUUACCACAUUUCUUAUGGUGUUGGGGAUGUAUGACAGAGGAAAAAAAUGAUAUGGUAAAGGAAAACAGAGAUGUUAAAUUGUAUGGUGGGGCUUAUGAUUAUUUUAAUCAGUUAUGGCUUUGGUCGAAUAAAGGAGGAUUUAGACCUGCAAAAUUUAGCAUUAUUAUUUAUUCAUGGGUUUUAUUUAUAUUGUGGUGUUAUGACAUUAUAAAUUUUGGCUAUGUGCUCAUACCAGUUACAACAUAUUGUUUAUUAUAUUCAUGUAUUGGUACUAUUGAUUGUAACCCUUAUCAAAAUAAUGAUUGUAAAUGUGCUCUUAGUGGAUGGAGAUGUUUAAUGUAUGGGCCAACGACAUUUUUAUUAUCUAUUGGUUUUUUCUUAGUGAUGCUAAGAAGUUUUUCAGUUAUAGAAGGAUAUUAUACUCUUUGUGUUCUUCCUAUUAUUAUAGCUGCAAUAGUGUAUCCGAUUAUGUAUUGUUGUAAGUGUUGUUGUGAUGUUGAGGCGAGUUCCUGUUCUUGUAAUACCAGUUUUCUUAAAUAUUUCCAAAUCUAUGAUUCUAAAAAAUAUGAGAGUGAGUCUGUAAUGGCAGCAGUAUUUUGUACGGAAUGGUGGUUAUUAAUGCCAGGGAUAAUUAUAUUUGUGAUAUUGAUAUCAGUUUUGCUAGAUGGAUAUGCAGACUGGUCAUUUUCAUUAGUGUUUUUGCCUGCAUGGUAUGUUUUUGGUUUUUAUAUCAUAGUAACCCAACUUACUGUUUUUAUCACUGAAUGUAGAUUUAAAGGGGCAUGUCAGUGUUGUCCUAGGUUAUUCCCAAAGAAUUAUGAGGUAAUGAGACAAUUAUGUUGUAUUGAAUGUACUUCUGAUGGAUGUUCUGAAUGUUUAAAUUGUUGUAGUUCAUUUUGUCAAUGGUAUUGUAGUAAUUGUUGUAAUGAUUGCCUUUGUUGUGAAAGGUGUUGUGAUUGGUGUUGUGACAAUUGUUUUUGUUGUUGUGAUGAAUUUUGUAGUUUUCUUUCAAGUUGUUGUGAUUGUUUCUGUGACUUUCUUUGUGAUACCUUUUGUUGUUGUUGUUAA